AUGAUUAAAGGAAUGGUUGAGAGGAAAAUAGGUGCCAUUGUUACUAUUGGUUCGGGUGCUACCAUUGUUGUACCUUCACAUCAUCUCUAUGCGAUCUAUGCUGCCAACAAAGCGGUUGUAGCACCUUCAGUUACUGGUCCAAAUAGCCAAACAAUUUUUCAUUCAGAGCACAGUUCAGAAUUGCGGAUGCAUAGCCCAACAUCUUCUACCCCUAUUGAUGACCUAUCGGUAGGAGGAGAUCCUUCGCCUGUUCAUGUUCACAACCCAACAACUCUUGUUGCGGUUCUUCCUUUACAACCUGGUGCAGUGUCAUCUUCUAUGGGUCCAGUAUUUUCUGUUGGUCUGGUUGGUUUUACAGGAGGAUUUGGUCAUGUGGAGGGAGUUUAUUUGUCUCACGACUCAGAAUCACUGACUCAUCCUCCUCGAUUUUCACAAAAACUUUUUUUUGGUGAUGACAAUUUUUCAGAAGGAUCUGUGAAUAAAAAUUAUUUGAAUAUUGAAGUUGAGAAGACUUUGGAAGUGGGGGAAACGAUUGGAUUUGAUAUGGAUGUUUGUUAUUCUAAGGUUAAAAAUGUUAUUGAAGGGGAGAUUUUUAAUAAAACGUAG